AAAAGAAAAGAAGCAAGAAAUGAAAAGAAGCAAAAGCUGGAAAAGAUACAAAAACUAGAAAAGAAGCAAGAACCGGAGAAGAUACAAGAACUGGAAAAGAAGCAAGAACUGAAAACGAAGCAAGAGCAGGAAGCGAAGCAAAAAAUGGAAAAGAAGCAAGAACUGAAAAUGAAACAAGAGCAGAAAAAGAAGCAAAAACUGGAAAAGAAGGAAGAACUGAAAAACAAACAAAAACUGGAGAAGCAACAGAAACUAGAAAAGAAGCAAGAACUGAAAAAGAAGCAAACACUGGAAUGGAUUCAAAAACUAGAAAAGAAAGAAGAACUGAAAAAAAGAAAACAAGAAGAACAAACAACUGAAAGGCAAGAUACAAAAACUAGUAAAACAAAGAAGAGACUGAAAAGGAAGAAGGAAACUGGAAAAAAAUGCAAAAAAACUGGAAAAGAAGCAAGAGCCGGAAAAGAUGCCAGAAAUGGAAAAUAUAGACGAGUCUGA